UUUAGUGAAGGAAAAGGAGGAUGCACAUGCUGAUCCAGAAAUACAACCUAUGAAGGAAGAUGAUGGAACGUUUGGUGAAUACAGGUCUCUUGAAAGUGAUGCAGAGGACCAUAAACCUCUAAAAAAAGGAAGCCGGACACCUUCAGACAGAACUGUGAAAAAAGAAGACAGUGAUGAUAGUUUAGUUGACUAUGGAGAAGGUGUAAAUGGUCAGUUCAAUGAGGAUGGCUCCUUUAUUGGACAAUAUAGUGGUAAAAAAGAGAAAGAACCUGUAGAAGGAAAUGAAAGCUCUGAGGCUCCUUCUCCUGUAAAUGCCAUGAAUUCAUUUGUGUAACCACCGAACUCGAUCCCCUUGUAUCUUCAGUUUGUUUAAAGCACUUUGUACAUCCUCCUUCUCAUACUAUGAACAUGCAGGUAAUGGAGCUCCUUACCACAAGAUGUUAAUGCUAUGAGAAUAUGCAGGUCAAUACAGUUAUACAGCAUAAUGACACAUUAAGUGGUAUAUUAGUAUGAAUCAAAAUAUGAAAUUCAAAUUUUGGUCAAAACUUGGAUAUUUUUACUUUUUUUAAAAAGGAACUGACACAAACAAUAACAUCGACUUGUAAUUUUGUUUCCUGUUGAAAAUACAGUAUAAUGCAUGGGACAAAAAUGCUACACAAUUCACAGAUAAUCUCGUGUACACUAUGAAAACAUGGUUUGACAAUUUGUUAUGCAGUCUGCAGCUGAAUCCCUGGGUAUGAAUUCCAUUUUCAUUGUCAGAGUGUUAUAGUAGUAUUAUAUAGAACUUCAAUGUCUUUGUGGACAUUGUUGUGAAAUUGGUGACUUAAUGUCUAGCUCUCAUAUGUCUUUUUGCAAGACAGUUAGGAACAGUAUGUACAAUAUGUAAUUGCUAAAUGAUUUAAGUAUGACACUUGCAUUUGCUGAUGCUUAAUGAGACCCUAUUAUCUGCUCUUUGCUCCUAUUACUUUAUAGCCUUUUUAAUCUGUCAAGUAUUACAGCAGUACAGUGUUCUAUUUUUACAUCAAAACACAUUGGAUUGAUUUUAGGGCAUAAAAGUUACGCAUUGCAAUGCAUUUUGGAAUUUGUCACUGAAAGAAAAACUUCAAUAAUGACAGAAAAUAUUUCAGAAAAAACAGGGCAAAAUACAUUCAGUGCCUUUAUACAAUAUGCAUUCCAUAAUUUGCUGUACUACUAAAUCAGUUGGUGCAGUAAACUGUGAUUAGCAGACUACUAUCAUUGCCAAAUAAAGUAAAAACGUAAAGAAAAAAAAAGUGUUAUGAAAAUGUUGUGCUAAAAACUGAAGAUUUUAAAUAUUUUAAAUUACACAAAGAAGAGUAUGAUUUUUUUCCUUUAAAAAUAAAAUAAAUGCUUUCUAGACAGUUACAGCACAACAUGUUUUCAUAGCCUUAGAAUAUUAAAAAACAAACAAACAAACAAACAAAAAAACCAAACACAAAAACAAAACACAGCCAGAAUUAAAUUAUUUACUAACACAGCAAGGUAUAAGCUCUUGUAAAAUAAAUUAUUUAAAAACCAAACCAGCUGACUACACCAGCAAGAGUGCAUUUCCCUCUGUGUCCCGGCCUGAUCAGUGUGGCAGCUUUGUAAUUAUCUGCACCCUGAAGCAGUGUGGGGGUUACUGCUUGGAACCACAGAACGCAAUCUGACAAGUGCUAAUAUGGGUUAGCGGUAAAGGGUUACCAUUAUUGGUUACAAAGUUAUUAUCUUGCAUACUAUAUCAAUCAAAUGUUUACCUCCAAAUAUAAAUUUUUAUAACAACCUAUGGUUGAAGGAAUGCUCAGUUUCAUUUGCCAAUAAAUUGGUUUUUCAUAACUUGCAUCAAGUUUAAUUUUAAGUAAGCUUUUUAUAUGUAGAUAUUUUGUUGAAUUUGUAAAUACACUUAAAGCGUAGAUGCUAUAUGCUUCUAGGUGUUACAGAUAAAUAAAACGAGAAAGCUUAUGUUGUACUGUGUAAGAAGUACUGUAGCCAAUGGUGUUUAUGGUAUUUUAAAGCAUCUACUUUUUUUUUUCUUUUUUUCUUUUUUUUUGCUGUGAAAAUGAAAUAGUGAACUGUUCUGCUUAUUUACUGCAGAUUCCUAACUGAACCAUUCAGAGCAUUUGCCAGUGCAUUACCUUAGACCAUAGUACACCUUGCAGCUUUCAUGUAUAUAUUGUAGGUAAAGCACAACUGAAGUAAUCACAAAUGUUAAGGUAGCAGUAAGAAGCUUCUUUCACAACUUUGAGCUUUCCAUUGAUCAGUUUUCUUAAUGGGAACUGAAAUAAGAAAAUAAUUCUGCAAACAUUGAUUACAAAGCACAAAGACAACAUUUCUUAAUAAGAUUUGCCAAUGGUUUUGGUAAAAGAGAAAUAUAAUUUUACUCUGAGUUAAUGUAGAUGCUGAAUUAUCUGUGCAUGUGGGGGUAAACAUACAGGCUCACUUCUGUAAUAGUGCAACAGAUUUUGUAUUAAAAAUAAAUGUGGUUUUAAAGUUUCA